GACCAAAGUAAUAAACACACUAGAAACACAUAAUCGAUUCGAGCGCUGCCCAAACGGCCCGCAAAAUGGCCGCGGAGACCGUCGUGGACGCGCCGCCCGCCGCGGCGGAUGCGCCGGAGGCGCCGGCGCCCGGGCCGGCUGCCCCGGUGCCGCUGUCGGCCGCCGACGACGCCCUGGCAGCUGCAACCGCUGCCAAUCAAGCCAGGGCGCCUGCGCAGCCGCGCUCGGACGACGAGUCGGACGAGUCGCCGCCUCCCACAAGAAAGCGCAAGGCGAGCGACGCGGACGCGUCGCCGCCGACGGAUGGCGCGGGUUUAGCUUUGGAGGACGUUGUCCAGAAGUUGACGGCGGAUAUCGCGACGGUGCGCGAGGAACGCGCCGAGUCCGAGGCGCGCUUGUUGCAAGCCAUCGCCGAUCUCGCAAAGAAACCCCGAGAAGAAGGCAGUGGGUUGGGCGAGUCUAGCUCGCAGAAGCGGCGGGGCUCCUCGAGUUCGAAAAGCUCGCGCUCGCACGAAGGCGACGCGUUGUCGUCGGACGACGACGCGCGGGACCACGCAGGCCACGUGAGGCGCUCCGUACAGGCGGCGCUGAGCGCUGGCGCGGGGAACGUCCAGUACAACCACUUCGCGUCCGGCUCGAACGUUACUUUGUUGAGGCAGCGCGUAAUUCGCGAACGCCGCCUCCACGGCCGCUUUGAACGCAGCGGGCUCGAGGGUGUCCCUCUUCUCAACAUACUUGCUGACAAGAGCAAACAAGGCGUCGAUGUCCUCGUGCGUAUUUCCAACCUGCGCAAACGACGGUCGCGCGCCGGAGACGAAAGCGUCGAAACGUACCGGAUUUCUAGCGUAUUUGACAGACGCGAUCUUCUUCGUGGCUAG